CACCCAAAUUCCAUUUUCAGUCAAAUGCUUCCUCUGAGCUCCGUGGAGCUGACUGAUAUUAAAACAGACGAUUUGGAUAUCAAAUGGGAUAAUGUGCAACAAUUUAAGCUUGGAGAUGGAAGUUAUGCCGACGUGUUUCAUGUUUUUUAUAAGGGCCAUGACGCAGUUCUAAAACGUUCUAUAAAAGAAUACACGGAUAAAGAAAGAGAAAACAUUCGCCGAGAAGCUCGAGUUGUGGCUGCUCUGAACAACUGCGAGAAUGUUGUCCGUAUUUACGGAAUCUGCGAGACCCUUCCCUUCCGUGGAAUGAUCAUGGAAUACUGCGCAGGACCGAAUCUCUCGGAAUUGGUAUUUCAACUAGAUGAGUGUAAAGUUAAAUUCGAGACGCUUCGAAUAUUCAAAUGGUGCCACGAUUUAACGAGAACACUUUGCGAACUUAACGUGACAUAUUAUCACGGCGAUGUCAAGGCGAAGAAUGUAUUGGUGAAAGAGAGGCCGUGUUGUUGUGUUGAGGGGAUUUAUGAGAAUGUUAAAAUACGGAAUACGACAUAUUCCCUAUGUACCAUCUGCAAUGGGGUACACUUGGAGCAUCUGUCCCUAAAAAUUUGCGACUUCGGAAUGUCUUACGAACACAAGGAUAAACGAUUAUACAACGGAGGAACCCGAGAAUUCUCGGCUCCGGAAACCAUCCGCGGAAUUUAUACCGAAAAAUCUGAGGUCUACUCAUUUGGACAUCUCAUGCUAGUUUUGGUGAUUGGUGGACCGACUGAAGACGACUGUGCAGUGGGACAGAGAGCAUUUUUGAAAAUGUACAAUAACAAAAAGUAUGAUAUGAGUGGGUGCAAGUCAAAUUCGAUUUGUGAGACUAUUGAGUGGUGUCUUAACAAUACCCAAGAGAGCCGACCUACUUUUAAGCAGCUUCUAUCAAAAUUGAAUAGUCGCCAUACUCAUUACUUAAGUCUACGUGGCACGGAUACACGCCGAUUAGAAGCGAAUAAUGAGCGCGAAGAGUUUUUGGAUCAUUACAGGAUUCCGAGAAAAAUAUCAGUACACCGACGCACAACGACCACGUCGACUUGCAUCUCCCUAUCAGAAACUUCGGGCUCCAAUCAGGAUAUCAGUGUGACGUCAGCAGCCUAUUUGGGCGGACCAAUUGUGAAUCAAAUGUUUAUAGCCGACACACCACUUGCGUCCCCUUCCGCAUCCCGUAAAUUUCGAAACGACGGAUUCGAAAAAACAAACUACGUGGAAAAUCAGCUGUACACAGGAGAUGAAACACGUAAACCAUUCUUAACCGGAGGUAUUUCCCAUCCUGGCUACAGUGUGAUGCGGAAAAAUUCUGUGUGGAAAUUUUUUGUUCAAGCAAGGAAUUCUAUUCGUUCAAAAAUAACAAAAUUGGUGCGGAAAAGGAAAUGAUUGGAUUUUUAAAUUAUUGUUAAUGUGUUUUUUUGCAUAAUUUUUAUUUUUCGACAUCACUGGAAAUUGAAAUAAGGCAACUUUUUAGUGUUUGUAGAUCAAUUUUGAGUCCUCUAACUAUAAAAUUGACCAUUUUAGAGGAGUUUCAAAAUAGUGAUUUUUUGCCAUAAAUUGUCAUUUUUGCAUUUUUUUUUUGGCAAAAAAAAACAAUUUCUCUGAAAACGUUCGAAACCUUUGAAAAUUGAAAAAGGGCAGUUUUGUUGUGUAUGCAAAUUAGUUUUGAGUCCUCUAACUUUAAAAAUAACCAUUUUAGAGAAGUUUCAAAAUUGUGAUUUUUUGCCAUAAAUUGUCAUUUUUGCCACUUUAUUAUAGUUUUGAUGGUUCAAGCUUAGAUUUUCUGAAUUCUCCAUACAUAAAUUACCCGUU